GAAAGUAGAUCUGUGUUACGAUUGAAACUACGUUGUAUUACCUAAUCUAUCAAACACUCUCAUGACUUUGAAAAAAUAUAUAAUUUAAAAUGAUUUUUUUCGAAUACAAGUAAGAAAAUCAUAAAAUUCAAUCUAAAUAUUUGGUAAACAAUGAAUCAGAUUUAUCAUUACAUUUACAGGAAAUUGUUAUUACAAUAAUUUUCGGGUGUCAUCCUCACAAACCAUUGCUUUUCUCGAACGUGUAGUACAUAUUCCGGAAUACAGGAUAUGCCAACAUGGCUGACCGAGGACAAGGCUGGCCAGCUCAGCAGAACCAGUCUGCUAUCAUUGAUCUUGGAGAUGUGAAUGAACCUGAUGAUGGAUCUGACUAUGAAACAGAUGUAUCCAAAGGACCAAGUGAAGGCAAGGGUGGAAGUUCACUGGAAGAUGAUGUUCGAAAGAGAUUAACUGACAAUGUCACUCAAAUGGUAUGGAAUGCAGGGACUCAGCAAGCUAAGCGGGCCUGGAGUCUGUAUGGAAAUAUCGACAUACUGCGACCUUACUUUAAUGUGGAACCGCAUGAAGUCCGCACAAGACUUUUUCAAUCAUUUUUACCAAGAAUGCCUUCAUCAGAAAAACAGAGAGCGUACCGAGAACUCUACGGGCCGUUGAUGGUCGUCUUCACACUGAUAGCGCUGCUUCUGUUUCAAAUGAAAGCCGCAGAACAUCGAGUGGAAGAAGGCACUCUGAUGGGAACAGCCUUUGGCGUGUGCUUUACAUAUUGGUGGGGGACGUCUGCUCUGAUGUGGUUCAUGUCAUACGUCUGCAAUGCACACAUCACCAGUGUCCAGCUGCUGUCACUGCUGGGAUAUGGACUAGCGGGGCACUGUGUGGUUAUUUUGUUGGGGACCCUGAUUCACACUUCACAUGAUCAUCUCUUCUUCUAUUUAUUAUGGGCGGUGUUUGGAGGAUUAUCCACGUUAAAAAUGGUGGGGGUGAUUGUAUCGAGGACUAACGGGAAAUCUCAGCGGCUGAUUCUGGCCUGCAUGCUGGCAGCCAUCCAUCUGCUGUUUUUACUCUAUCUCCAUUUUGCAUAUCAUCAGAUUGUUGAAGAUUUGUCUCGAGUCCUUGAUAGCCAUCCAGCUGUUCAACAGCCAAUCGCUAACAGUGUCCAAGAAGUAACAAAAAAGAUUGUUCCAAAGGACAUAUCAAAUUUACACAUUCCUCAUGAAGGUGUGAACAUGGUCAACAAAACCUUAGUGAAUAUUCCUAAAUUGGUAACCAAGGCAGCUGCUGCUGUUGUGGGCGGGGCUAACAAAAGUCACUGACAUGCAUAUGGGCAGAUUCAUAAGACCUAGAUCUGCAGAUGACAAUCCUGCCAUUGUGACUGUUUGACCUAGAUCUGCAGAUGACAAUCCUGCCAUUGGGACUGUUUUAGACUUUGGGAUGUGUUUUACUGUGUCAUUACACUAUUUAUUAUGUACAGUUUUUUACUCUACAAUCUGUGAUCAUGAUGAGCUCUCAGCUGUAAAGGAAGAACUGAUUGCAGCAAUUGGUUUUUUUUUAUGUUUCUAUAAAUAGAGUGUUUCACAUUACAUGAAUCAUUUCCAUGUUUGCUCACAGUUGAGCAAGAUCAAAAAUUUUGAAUGAUGUAUGAUAUAUUUGAAAACAAAAAGUAUAUGAUAUCUAAUAUUCUUAGACUAUUAAAAUUUGGAAAAUCCCAGUAUUGAUUGCCAAAAUGAAACAAAAAAGUGACUUCGCUUCUUCUGGAAGGCAUUGACCAGAGGAUUUUCCCAUUUGGUUAUUAACUGUGUAAUGCAAUUUAUUUAAUGUGUACCUAUCCGAGAAAGAAUCAUAUAAUAAAGAAAAUAUAGAAAUAGCCAAGUGGGUAUAUCGUUUACUGCUAUUGGUGCAAGUCAUGAAAUGCAUAACUUUUUGUCCUGAUAUUUAUCUUCAAUUUAGGUAAAGUAUAGCAUUCAAAAUAGGACUGAUAGAGUGCAUCCCAUAAUGCAAUUUCAAAUCAAGAUUGACCAAUGUCGAGUUUGCAUUGUUUUACUGCUGGCACCAAAGUUUUGUUUAUUUAUGAGAUGUAGAGUUAUCUACCCUUUUCGAAUACUGUAAAGCAACUUUUAUUCAUGUGCGAGGAAUUUUCACGAGGUUUGCAAGAAUUUCAUCAAUGCGAAUAUUUGUUGCCGCAAACCAGACCUUUAAUGUCUUUCGUAUGCUUAAGAUAAUCUUGGUUCUUUCAUAUGCUUAAGAUAAUCUUGGUUCUUUCAUAUGCUUAAGAUAAUCUUGGUUGCGAAAAUUAGUCGCUGGGAACCAGUUUAUCACUAGUAAAUCGUGAAAUAAAGUUGUCACAAAUAAAAGUAAUGAUUUGAUACUUUUAGUGUUUGGGAACAAAAUGUUGGAUUUUUGGUGUUAUAUUUUUUGUGUUUAGCAUUUUCAUCACUAAAUCGCUCCCUGCAUUAUUUUUAAAUUGCUACGUCAGUAAUGUAAUCUUUUGGGUACUUAAAAUAUUUUAAAAGUUGUUACAUACAGCAUUUAAUAUGAAACACUCUGUGUAUAUUCUAUAUUAUUGUACAUACUUGUAUGAUGACUAUUUGAUAAGUGAUGUAUAAAGUAUUUUAGUUUUGUUUAUAUAUUAAAGGUCAUUGAUAAG